AUGUCUGUGAAGACACUCAAAGGCCUGAGCUCUGGACAACACGAGGCUGCCCGGGUGCUGGGGGCUCAGCCCUGCGGCUGCUCAGCGCGGUGCGGCUUGACCCGCAGGGAUCUCAGCUGCCUGCGGAGCUCGGCCGGGCCCUGGGCUGUGGAGCAACAGCUGCGCCCUCUGAGCGCCGCCAUGGAUGGGAGGAACGAAACCGAAGGUGCUGCCCGGGUCUGGGAGACCCAGGGGAAACGCUGCGACACGUUCUCUGUCCUGGAGCUGCACAAACCCGGGCUGGGCCGGGGGCGGGGGGGGGGAGUAUUAGGGAUGAGGCAAAACGAGGAUUCUGCAAUCAAGCUGUUUGUGAACAGGCUUGACUCUGUAGAGUCUGUCCUUCCCUAUGAAUAUACUGCGUUUGAUUUUUGUCAAGCGGAAGGAAAGACACGUCCCUCUGAAAACCUUGGCCAAGUAUUGUUUGGAGAGAGGAUAGAACCAUCUCCUUACAUGUUCACAUUCAACAAGAAGGAGAUAUGUAAACCUGUUUGUACAAAAACAUAUGAUACUACCAAGCCAGAAGAUAAACAGAAACUAGACUUUUUGAAAAAAAGUAUGCUACUGAAUUAUCAACAUCAUUGGAUUGUGGACAACAUGCCUGUGACUUGGUGUUAUGAUGUUGAAGAUGGCCACAAGUUCUGCAAUCCUGGUUUUCCUAUUGGCUGUUACAUUACAGAAGAUGGCCGUCCAAAAGAUGCCUGUGUUAUUAAUUCAGAAUUUCAUGAAAAAGAUACUUUUUAUAUCUUCAACCAUGUUGACAUAACAAUAUAUUACCAUGUCGUGGAAAAUGAAGCUCUGGGAGCAAGACUAGUUGCUGCUAAACUUGAACCAAAAAGUUACAAGCAUACUCAUCCAGACAACCCCGAUUGCUCAGGAGUACCUAUGGAUAUAAGUAACAAGGCUAAUGGAGAAAUCAAAAUUGCUUACACAUACUCAGUUUCUUUUGAAGAAAAAAAGGAAAUAAGGUGGGCAUCAAGAUGGGAUUAUAUUUUGGAAUCCAUGCCUCACACUCAUAUUCAGUGGUUUAGUAUUAUGAAUUCCUUGGUGAUUGUCCUCUUUCUGUCUGGAAUGGUAGCUAUGAUUAUGUUGAGAACACUGCAUAAAGACAUUGCAAGAUACAAUCAGAUGGAUUCCACUGAGGAUGCUCAAGAAGAAUUUGGCUGGAAACUGGUUCAUGGUGAUAUUUUCAGGCCCCCAAGAAAAGGAAUGCUGUUGUCCAUUUUUCUAGGCUCUGGCACACAGAUCUUAAUAAUGACUUUCGUUACCCUGUUUUUUGCUUGUCUGGGAUUCUUGUCACCUGCUAACAGGGGAGCUCUAAUGACCUGUGCUGUAGUUCUGUGGGUACUGCUUGGAACUCCAGCCGGUUAUGUUGCUGCCAGAUUCUACAAAUCAUUUGGAGGUGAGAAAUGGAAAGCAAAUGUGCUGCUGACAUCAUUCCUUUGUCCUGGAAUUGUAUUUGCAGAUUUUUUUAUCAUGAACCUCAUCCUCUGGGGAGAAGGCUCUUCAGCAGCUAUUCCAUUUGGUACUCUGGUUGCUAUUUUGGCACUCUGGUUUUGUGUAUCUGUACCACUGACGUUUAUUGGUGCCUAUUUUGGUUUUAAGAAAAACGCUAUCGAACACCCUGUUCGCACAAAUCAAAUUCCUCGUCAGAUUCCUGAGCAAUCCUUCUAUACGAAGCCGUUACCUGGCAUUAUCAUGGGAGGGAUUCUACCUUUUGGCUGUAUCUUUAUACAGUUGUUCUUUAUUCUCAAUAGUAUUUGGUCUCACCAGAUGUAUUACAUGUUUGGCUUCCUGUUUCUGGUAUUCAUUAUUUUGGUAAUUACAUGUUCUGAGGCUACAAUAUUGCUCUGCUACUUCCAUCUAUGUGCAGAGGACUAUCACUGGCAGUGGCGUUCAUUUCUCACUAGUGGUUUCACUGCAGUUUAUUUCCUAAUAUAUGCAAUACAUUAUUUUUUUUCUAAACUGCAAAUCACAGGAACAGCUAGCACCAUUUUAUAUUUUGGUUAUACCAUGAUUAUGGUUUUGAUCUUCUUCCUUUUCACAGGGACAAUUGGAUUCUUUGCAUGCUUUUGGUUUGUAACCAAAAUAUACAGCGUGGUGAAAGUUGACUGAAGAAACCAUUGUAAAGAAUUAACACAGAAGGCAGUUAAACUUCUCUAACGUAACUUAAAGACCUGGUCUAGUUGAUGAACUUGAGCUUUAUCAGAAGUAUUGGCUUCCUGUUCUUUGAGAAUGAUACUGAAUAUGCAGCUGCCCCAAACACUUCUUCCACUAACACGUUUGUAUUGUGACUUAACAACCUGUUUUCAUUCAGAUCUUAAUGAAGAUCAGAGUUAUGAUAUUUAUGCGUUUGUAAAUACAACUAUACUUUAAAAUAAAUGUCAGAUUCUAAUGGCAGAAUAGACAUGGCUGUACUACACAACUUAAUGAUACUUCUGAUCAAGGUCCAACUGUAAAUAAGUUUUUCUAGCUUAUUAGGUGGGAUGAAUUAUUUUUCUUUGAGGGAAAUGAGAACUUUUUAUUAUGCUAACUUUGAAGGAUGACUCUUAAGAAUUGUUGCUUUUAGUUUGGAUGUGAUUUUUAUUUUUUACUGGUGUUAUGUCCAUAAAUAUUCUGAUUUCUGUGACUUCAUUAGUUUCAGUGUUCUUGGCCUUUUACACUAUGUGCCUCUGAGUCCUUGACUUUAUAAAUUCAUCAUCUAAUAAAUAUUGUAAAAAUGUCUUCAGUGGCUCAUUACAUAUUACAAGUUCAUCAAAAUAUGUAAAUACGAUUAUACUGAAGACGGAUGCUUAAAGAUUGCAUAGAGUAUUUUAUGGCAUUUUCUAUGGUUUAAUGUAUAUUGACACACCCUUAGAUCUGCAAUAAAUGUUAUUUGUGCUACAUGGCUAUAACAGGGAAAUGUGAUUGUGGCGCAUGACAAAUUAUACACAUACUUAACAAAACUCCUCUGCAGCAUUAAUCCAGUCCUUAACCCAGACAUGUUUUCAGAGAUUGCUAUGGAACUGUCAGUAUGUUGAGAAGAUCUUAUAACACAUGAGUCAGCACUCUGCUGAUCUUGCUUUUAAAAGAUCUCAAUGAUGCAUAUUCUAUAUGGCAACUAUUCCUGAUUGUACUUAAUGUAGGUUAAAAAAUAAAAGAAAAUGACUAUUUUUGCCUUAUAUUAAGAGACUAAUGUCAAUUUUGGAUGACUAGCAUUAAACCUAUAUUUGCUAUUUUUGG